CCCCGCUGCCCUGCCGGAGCGCGCCGGGAGCGGCAGCGAUGAGCGGCGCGGAGCGGCCGGAGGGGAAGGAGGCGGCGGCCACGGGUGAUCCCGGGCGCUCGCUGGGUCCCAGUGAUGCGUCUCCAGAUGAAGGAGUCGUAGAAGAUCUGCCUUUAAUAGAUGAGAAAGCUGUGGAGCAGCUAACUGAAGGAUUGAUUUCCCACUAUCUGCCUGAUCUUCAGCGAUCAAAAUCAGCACUGCAGGAACUUACACAGAACCAAGUGGUACUGCUAGAAACAUUAGAACAAGAAAUUUCAAAAUUCAAAGAGUGUAACUCCAUUGUUGAUAUCAAUGCUUUGUUUUCAGAAGCUAAACACUAUCACAACAAAUUAGUGAAUAUUAGAAAUGAAAUGAUGAUGCUGCAUGAGAAGACAUCAAAGUUAAAAAAAAGAGCACUUAAGCUGCAGCAAAAGAGGCAGAAGGAAGAACUGGAACGAGAGCAGCAGCGUGAGAAGGAACUUGAAAGAGAGAAACAGUUAACAGCAAAACCUGCAAAGAGGACCUGAAAACAGGGCAUGCAACAACUUGUCUCAAUUAAUGAUUCCUACAUUCACUGGAAUUAAGGCAGACUUUGCUUAAAUUGGGCUAUAGCUGUUGCUAGCAACAGUAUACUCUAUGGUAUUAUAAAUUCCAGAAUGGUAAUAAUAGAGUUGGUAACAUUCACAUUUUUUAAUUUCAGCCAUUCAAGUUGCCUUCUUUUGUAAUGCUAUGCAGUUUGAUAUUAUAAUGUAAGUUAAUUUUUAUAUAUAUAUGUAUAUAGGAGAACUAGGCAUCAUAGUUUUAAGUACCUAUCCAUUUUUGUUUUCUUCUGUUCUUUCUGUGUUUAGAAUUCUGAGAGAUUUGAUGACUGGCACAUGUUUUUCAGACAAAAUGCAGAGAACUUCUUAAAGUUCAAUUCUUAUCACCAGACUUCAGUGGCUGCAGUUUCACUGAAAUUGCUUUGUUUCAUGUAGUUGGGAUCUGUCUUUGAUCAUAAAUACUGAUUUCUUGUGCCUUAGUUUGAUCCAUCUCUAAAGAACUGAAGAAAAUAGCAGUGUAUUUGCUUGAAAGUUCACUUCAUUGCAGCAAUCUUUUUUUUUCUUUUUUUUUGUCAUCAAGUAACUUAAGAACAGCUUUAAAGUAACUUCUGAAUAAAUUCCCAGUUGAAAUGAUUGGCAGGGGAGAAGCAGAACACUAAAGAUUGUCAAAAUGGAUGUGUGCACAGUGCAAAUAUUAAUGAAUAUGUGCUUCCACAAACAUUUAAGUCAAACCAGGAAACUGUUGCUUCUGUAAUGGUUUAUUAGGAAGACUUGUGUGGUCUAAGCAUAUUUUUGUGGGAUUAGAAGUUGUAAUUUCUUUAUCUUGUGUGACAAAAUAAAACAUAACCAAAACUAAAAUUUUCCACUUCAUGUGAAAUUCAGCCACCUGUAGGAAAAGUACUGCAUUUACUGUUUUUUCCUUAACAAAUGAAUCAUUUGCACUUCAGGGCUAUCUAAGAUACUUUUUAUAAAGAGUCCUCACCCAGAUUGAUGAUUAUUAGUGUGUACUGAUGAGAAAUUUGGAAGGGAGGUUGAUAUCCAGUUCUCUGAAUGUAAUUCCUGUCUUGCAGCACUUGGUGUGAACUCCCAUUCAAAUGAAUGUACAAAUUGUCUAGACUAGUGAAAGAGCUUUAAAUUAUUUGUUCCUAUAGUCUAACAAACUAGUUAUUUUAUAACUGUGUUUCUUUUCAAGUAUAUCUGUUUCUUUUUAAGUAAUAGUGUAAAUGAUGUGUUUUGAAGUAAGAUAAAGGGUAAGCUAUGUAAAGUUUUCCAUAAAAUAUGUAUAGGAAUGUAUCACAGGGGCACAGUCAGUUUUAUUUUCCUUCUGUUUUAGAUGACUCACACAGUGUGCACCUGCCUGGACUUUCUGUAUUGCCAUUUUCUGAAGUCCUAAUUUCCUGUUCUUAAUAUUUGACAUCUUUUUCUGUGAAAGAUGUACUCUAACAAGUACUCAGGCAUCAUGAAAAGUAAACUGGGAUAAUGUUUUGGGGCAAGGAGAACAAAAUACUUCAAGCAGUCUGAAGAGACACUGAAAUGCUUUCAGUGUAGCAGUAUUAGAUUAAAACUUUCCCCAGGUAUUUUUCCCUGAAGUUGACUCAUGGCUAUUAAUUGCUAGUGGAUUGUUGGCCUCUGCUGUGGUUUGUAUGUAUUUCUAAGAGAAAUGUAAAGAAUUUCCACAGUCCAUUUUUUUGGAGCAGAAUGUACAUAACUAAAUGUUGUCUAAGUAUUUUAUUUUGUAAUGUAAUUUCACAAUCAGAUUCUGGGAAUUAAAACUGUUCUCAUUAAACUAUAACAUGAAACUGGAUGCCUCAGUAUCCACAUCAGGAUUGAACUCCUUUGAUAUUUCUUGAUUUGUAUGCCCUCAUAUAGAAUCCAGUUGACUGUGUCAAGUCAUAUUCUCUUUCUCUGUCAAGAACUGUGUGGUUUUUUCCAAAGAACUGUGGUUUUUUUGGAUUUUGUUUUGUUUUGUUUCAAAAAAAAUCAUGGUUAUUUUAACUAAAACUAGAGAAUUCUAAGAAAUUCAUAGAAAUUGAUAUUUUGAACUUUGGUACAUUUCAGCACUUGAAAUAAUUUCUAAUUAAAGGAGUAAAAGCUGGCAGUGCUUACCUGAGGAAUCACAUGCACAUACAUAAAAAUGUAAUUGAUUAACUUUUCCUAUAAAAGCAUGGUAAGAUCUGGGUUUUCUAUGAAUAAGAACCUAAUUUUACUAAUUCACCUUUAUGUAAUAAAGGGGGGAAAUUAAUAAAAAUAUAUAGGAUGAAGUUUGUUCCAUUUACAUAA